AUGGUUCACAGCAGCAGUAUCUGCAGAUUCCUCCUCCUGGUGUUCCUAGGCCUCUUGGUGGCAUUUGUACACACAGAGACAGUUGCAGACCCUGCCUCAACAACCAGGGACAACCAGGACACCAUGUCUGGGGAGCCACCCAGCGACGUCACCACCAAAGACCCUUUCCAGGAUAUGACGGAGCAGUCCUUUACGUAUGACUACGAGGACACCACACACUCCCAGGGCAUUGAUGAGGAGGAAGGGGUCCUGGGGCCGGGGGCCAUCACAGCAAUCGUUAUAGCAGUCUUCCUGGGAGCUUCUGUCCUCCUCGCCCUCAUCGUCAUCACACUCAGGAAGUUCACCGCCUCCUAG